GGACAGCAGGAGGAGGAGCACAUGAGAAACCUCAAAUGUAAAGGACAGAGGAUGCAACACGCUGGAAAAACACAAGGCAAGACAUCCACAUGCUAAGAAUGAGUGAAAUUCCAAUAGAGCUUGAGCCUCAGCUAUCAAUCCAGCCAUUGUCACAGCCAGAGCUUGAGAGGGGGCUUCAGUCUCUACCUCUGUUUCAGCUGCCGCUCCCCACCCAAGAUCCCUCUGAGACCCAUCAACAAACCAGCCUCCAGCCUGAGAUACAGCUGUCAGAGUCUAACCCUGAGGACCAGCUCCAAGCAAAGCCACUGUGGAUAAAACAUAGAAGGCUGCUACUCCUUGUUUGGGGGUUCUGCUCAUGUGCUGUAUUUCUGGGACUAAUGUACUAUAUGUACCACAAACUUCAAAACAGGAGCAAUAACCAGACAGGCGCAGUGACUCCAUGUCUUUCCCCAGCCUGUCAGUGGGCCUCAGCUCGCCUGUCCACGUCUGCUGAUCCCUUCACGCAGCCCUGUGACUACUUCCUGUUUACAUGUGGAUCAGACAGACUCUCACCAGAAAGUGGGGGAAGACAAAGAGGAGAGGGCAUCCCUGGACAUCCACAGAACCAGAAUGAGAAGUUUGUGUGGCCAGAGAUGAGAGAAAAAAGUAAAGAGAGAGAAGACAGAGGAAUGAGAGAGGAAAGAAUACUGGACAGAAAAACUGUGCUGCUGCAGUAUCUCAGGGAGAUUUUGGAAUCAAAUGAUAAAUUGGGUAGUUCAGCGGUGCAGAAGGCCAAAGGAUUCUACCGCUCCUGUUUGGACAGAACAUCUAUAGAAACUGCUGGAGCAGAGCCCUUCCUCACACUUGUCCAGAAACUGGGAGGUUGGGCAGUAUCAGGCCAGUGGAAUCACACUGAUUUCAACGCCACACUGAGCAUGUUAAUGAGAGACUACGCCACAUUUCCAUUCUUCAACCUCUAUGUAGGCAAAGACCCGAAAGAAAUCGCCUGGGGAACGACCAAAAGAUACAUACAGAUUGAUCAGCCAGAUCUGUUGAUCCCGAUUGAAUGGAACAGCAAGACACAGAAGUCUCAAGCUAAAGCUCAGACAUUACGUCCCUUCUUGGCGACAUGUCAGAAGUACAUGGCGCUGCUGGGGGCCUCGCCCAGCAGCAGAAUGAUCCAUGUGGGCAUGUUCGUUUCUCUGUCCUCUGAGCUCGCUGUCGCCACUGCACCGCUGCAAUAUCGCCUGUCCAAAGGACAGCUCUAUCAGCGCAUGACCAUCAAGGAACUACAGAUCCAGGCUCCUGCCAUUGAUUGGUUGGGAUGUCUGCAGGCCGCUUUCCAUCCACUGACCCUAAUCGAAGACGAUCAUGUCCUUCUGCACAACUUACCCUACAUUGUGCAAAUGUCUCCCAUCAUUGGGAAAUGGCUCAACAGGCAUGAGCUGAGCACCAGCGGUCCCCUUCAAACCUAUAUGGUCCUGAAUCUACUGCACACCCUGAUGCCUGCCCUGGACUCCAGAUUUUCUGAAACAGCAAACAAUUUAUCAGUGGCUCUGGGAAGCACUGAAGGGGUAGCUCCUCGCUGGAAACACUGCGUGUUGGAGACUGAGAGAGGAUUUGAUUCAGUUCUCACACAUCUUCUCAGUGAAAGGACAGCACACACAGAGGCAGAGGAGAUUAUUCAAAAUAUCUUCUCGUCCUUCAAGUCCAAAUUACAUGAACUCAAGUGGACAGAUCAGAAAUCUUUCCUGUCUUUUAUGAAAAAGGUUCAGUCCUUAAUUCCAAGACUCUCAACUACAAAUCUCUCUAGUGAAGCUGAGCUUGACCUGCUUUUUUCUGAGGUGUCAGUGAGCACACAUAGCUUCUUCUCCAACUAUGUCCAGCUACUGUCCUUGUGGCAAAAGAGGCGCAGAAAACUCUUGACUGAGCAGACCGAGACGGCUGAUAUUCUAUCUGUCACACCACAUCUCCUGGGUAAUGAGCUCCUGUUUCCCAUGGGAAUGUUUGUCCCUCCUCUCUUCCACCCAACCUAUCCCAGGGCAGUAAAUUAUGGUGGAAUCGGUUUCCUAAUCGCCAAAGACAUCCUCCACUUGCUUCUGCCUUCUGACAUUUACUCUCAGAGUGAGACGGUGCAUGCUGUGGGGGAAUGUGUGUGGGCUCACUAUCUCACUGUGACAGAAAAAGCAAGCAGAGGUGGAGCAUUUUCUCUCUCAGCAGCACAGCAGCAGGAGGUGUGGGUGCAGUAUUCUGCACUGCAGAUAGCAUUGCAGGCUUAUCAUCAGAGUCUGAAGAACCGUCCGGGGGACACCUCCAUCUCAGGAGUCUCACACACUCGCCUGUUUCUCUCAUCUUUUUCUCAGGUUAACUGUGACUUUGACCCCUACCAUGAAUUCAUGCCCUUGGAGCCCUCCUUCUUGAUUACAGUCAUUUGUGCCAGAUCUCACCUGUGUCCUGCAACCAUACAGUGCCCCAAUAAAACCCAGCAACAUUCAUCACAAACAUGCUAAAGAGACUGCUCUAAAGACCGGCAGGGACUUUAUUUUUAAGUUACUGGACAUUCUGAGCAGUCCGACAAAAUAUUCACACUCAUGUGGUGCUGUAAGAAUACCUACAGUGUGUACAACUGAAAGAAACACCUACAUUUAGCCUUAGUUGUUUUUAAGAUGUGAUUGCAUGUUCCAUAAAUCGGACAAGCUGUUUAGUACUCAAAUA